AUGGAUUUUGACAAGAAAGGAGGGAAAGGGGAGUCAGAGGAGGGCCGGAGAAUGUCCAAGGCCGCCGGCCGGAGCAGCCACGGCGUCCGGAGCUCGGGGACCAGCUCGGGGGUCCUGAUGGUGGGCCCCAACUUCCGAGUCGGGAAGAAGAUAGGCUGUGGCAACUUCGGGGAGCUCCGGCUAGGCAGGAAUCUCUAUACAAAUGAAUACGUAGCUAUCAAACUGGAGCCCAUCAAGUCCCGGGCGCCGCAGCUGCACCUGGAGUACCGCUUCUACAAGCAGCUGAGCGCCGCAGAGGGCGUCCCUCAGGUCUACUACUUUGGCCCGUGCGGGAAGUACAACGCCAUGGUGCUGGAGCUGCUGGGACCCAGCCUGGAGGACCUGUUCGACUUGUGCGACCGCACGUUCACUCUCAAGACAGUGCUCAUGAUUGCCAUCCAGCUGAUCACGCGCAUGGAGUACGUGCACACCAAGAGCCUCAUCUACCGCGACGUGAAGCCCGAGAACUUCCUGGUGGGGCGGCCGGGCACCAAGCGGCAGCACGCCAUCCACAUCAUCGACUUUGGCCUGGCCAAGGAGUACAUCGACCCCGAGACCAAGAAGCACAUCCCGUACCGCGAGCACAAGAGCCUGACGGGCACGGCGCGCUAUAUGAGCAUCAACACGCACCUGGGCAAGGAGCAGAGCCGCCGUGAUGACCUGGAGGCGCUGGGCCACAUGUUCAUGUAUUUCCUGCGCGGCAGCCUGCCCUGGCAGGGGCUCAAGGCCGACACGCUCAAGGAGCGCUACCAGAAGAUCGGGGACACUAAGCGGGCCACGCCCAUCGAGGUGCUCUGUGAGAGCUUCCCAGAGGAGAUGGCCACGUACCUGCGCUACGUGCGGCGCCUGGACUUCUUCGAGAAGCCGGACUACGACUACCUGCGCAAGCUCUUCACCGACCUCUUUGACCGCAGCGGCUUCGUGUUCGACUACGAGUACGACUGGGCUGGGAAGCCCCUGCCCACGCCCAUCGGCACGGUCCACACCGACCUGCCCUCGCAGCCUCAGGUUCGGGAAAAACAGGGCCUACAGGGCUCCCCUGCCCAUCUUGACCCGCAGGCACUGAACUCCACCAACGGGGAGCUGAAUGCCGACGACCCCACCGCUGGCCACUCCAACGCCCCCAUCACGGCCCCCGCAGAGGUGGAGGUGGCCGACGACACCAAGUGCUGCUGUUUCUUCAAGAGGAGGAAGAGAAAAUCUCUGCAGCGACACAAGUGA